AACUGACAACAAACAGCUGUUUUUAGAUGACAGCAAAAAUUCCCAUCUUUUUUGUCUUGCCGUGAAAAAAACAAACCAACUUGUUUAUUUAAUUUCACAACGUGAUUAAUUUUACCAAAAUUUAUAAUAAAUUAUACGAGAACAAUGCUAAAGGUUUCAAACCGAGUCUUUGGUCAAUCAGCAGCAGUUCGUUUGGUACACAAACGUGCUUGUCAACUAACUGAUGAGAUCAUUCGAGUUGAUCAUGCUGGUGAAUUGGGUGCUGAUAGGAUAUAUGCCGGACAAAUGGCAGUCCUUGGCAAUGGUCCAAUGGGCAAAACAAUAGCCCACAUGUGGGAACAAGAGAAACACCAUCGCAGUGAAUUUGAGAAAUUAAUACGAGAAUAUAGAGUGAGACCGACUGUUAUGACCCCCAUUUGGAAUGUAGCAGGAUUCAUGCUGGGUGCAGGAACUGCUCUUCUUGGAGAAAAGGCUGCAAUGGCAUGUACUGUAGCUGUAGAGACGGUUAUUGUUGAACAUUAUAACGAUCAAUUGCGACAGUUAAUGGAGAAACCCAAUGUUGAUAAAGAACUUCUUAACACAAUAACGAAAUUCAGAGAUGAAGAGCAAGAACACCAUGACAUAGGUAUUGAUUCAGGAGCUGAGCAAGCACCAUUUUAUAAGGCACUGACUGAAGUUAUUAAAUUGGGUUGCAAGACGGCUAUAAGUAUUUCAAAGAAAAUCUAAACAAAUCGAAAAGAAUAAUUAACUAUCACUAAAAAACACACUUUAUAAUUUUAUUUUAUAAAACUGUCGAUAAGGGAAAAAAAACAGUUGCUUUUACUGUGUAUUAUAAAAUUAAAAUAUAUUUAUAUUUAAUACCUUCAAA